UGGAAUGUUUUCAGUGAUCGUGCGCAGCGCAGCUCAACGACGCGCCCUUCCAGCACUCCGUCACUUUUCAACACCACCUCCAUCACCUCCUCAAAACCCGCCCUCUUCACCUCCGACGUCACUCCCAAGCCUUGACUUCCAACCCGUGGAACCAGAACCAGAAAAGACUCAGCGCACCGGUGCAAAAUCAUCCAAGGACUCGCUCUCGAGUAUAGAGCGAAAAAGACGAUUUUUGGGACGUCUGUCUCUUGGUGUACUUGCAGUUGCUCUCGGUGUGCAAGUCGUGUAUCUCGGUAGAGAUUGGGAGACGGAUGAGUUGAAGGAACGGAAACAGACUGUGGAGGAGGCUCCGUCAGGAAGGUGGGAACGAACGAAGUCGAGGUUUUGGGAGCUGUUUGAUUACCUCAACAAACCCCAAUGGCCAGAACUACUCCCGCCACCUCUCCCAGCUCCCCAUCAAAAACCGUACACCCUCCUGUUGUCCAUGGAUGAUCUUAUUAUUACCUCAACUUGGGAUCGACAGCAAGGAUGGCGGACAGCCAAACGCCCUGGCGUUGAUUAUUUCCUUGCCUACCUGUCCCAGUUCUACGAAAUUGUGAUAUUUACAACCCAGCACCAUUAUACCGCUAUGCCCAUAAUUGAGAAACUUGACCCAUAUAAUUUCUUUAUCACUUAUAAGCUUUUCCGCGAAGCCACACGAUCAGUGGACGGUAAAAUUGUCAAGGAUCUUUCUUAUCUCAAUCGUGACCUGUCAAAAGUUAUCCUCCUUGAUACACACCCGGAGCAUGUAAGCUCACAUCCCGAGAACGCCGUCAUCAUCCCCAAAUGGACCGGUGCGCCCGGAGACAAGGGCUUGAUUGCCAUGAUCCCCUUUUUGGAGUCCAUUGCGAUUUACAAGUCACCUGACGUGCGGCCCAUCCUCCAAGCGUAUGCUGGAAAAGAUGUUGCUAUCGAAUACGCGGAGAAGGAGGCAGAGGCAAAGCAAAAGCAUAUCGAGGAGUGGAAAAGUAAGGCGCGUGGAUUAUCCAAAGGCGGGUUUACGCUGAGCGGCAUGUUCGGCGGCCCAACUGAAUCUUCGCGCUCGCCUAUCCCUUUGACAUACCUUGAGCAGAAACGCCUUGAGGCGCAGCGGCAGUAUAAAGAGGAGCAAUCGUACAUCGCGACGCACAAGGACGAGUUUGAACGGCUGUUGGAGGAAGAUAGGAAGGCGAUGGCGCGAGAGAUGAGUGGGAGUUUGUGGAGCGUGUUGGAUACGAUGGCGGGGAAGAAGGCGGAUGCAGCGAAGGCCGACGAGGAUACAGCAGUGAAGGCGAAUGCGGAGGGAACGAAAGUGCAGGUACAAUAGACAGAUUGUGAUGCACGCGACUAGACUGGAGUUAUUUACAUCUAGGCAUACAUAUUGUCAUUAUUGCUCUCCACUCUUGCACUGCCCUGGUCACCAGAGCACACCAUCUUCUACAGCCAGCAAGUCUCAUUGGU